AUGAACAUGGUUAAAACUGUUUCGACUCGGUUCUCUUGUCCAGGUUGUGAGAGAAACAACUUUCGGAGUCUGCUGGGCGUCAGAAAUCAUUUUAUAAAGAAGGGUCACUCUCUUCGGUGUCCUGUUUGCCAAAGAGCGUUUCAGGAUGAGUUAGGGAUUAUACAGCAUUACCAAAAGUAUAACAAGUCUACUUCACUGGGCGUACCAAGCGAUAAUCACCAGACAACACCAACAAGUACACCAUCAUCAAGUGCAUUGGUGACACCAGUUAUGUGGUCAAAAGUUGUCCACAAUAGUGCCUCUGAAUUGUCAUUCAAAUCCCCCCAACAGGUAUUAAAAAUGCCUGGAAUUCAUUCUCCGCAUGGUCUACUGGCUUCUGUCCCAUUUGCAAGCGUCGACAAGUGCCCUUCACUAGUUGCUCCAGGCCCUAUAUCUGCAACUAGGAUCUAUCCUACGGUUUUACCUCCUCUGGAGCAAGAUCUCAUCCUGCGAUAUCUACGGUCAAGGUGCCAUUCAUGGAAUCGUCUUCAGACAGAAGGAUAUAUUAUAGGCCCCGGAUCCAUACGAAACAAAAAGCACCCACGCAAAGGGUCCAUUAAAACCUAUGACUUUAGAGAGACAACAAACAUGAGGCUACAGACCACGAAAAAUAUUUCUGCUAUCGCCAUUGACUGUGAAAUGGUCAAAGUACGAAACGGUCGCCAAACACUCGCUUUUCUCAGUGCCAUCAACUUUUUAACUGGUGAAGUGCUAAUAAGUCGCUAUGUUCACCCAGACGAGGACGUGAUUGACUGGAGGCAUGAAUUCAGUGGCUUGACACAGUCCAUUAUGACCAGCGCCGUUGCCUCUGGUGCGGCAUUCGGAAGCUGGCGGGAGGCGCGUGAUAAAUUGUUGGAGUUCAUUGAUAAUUCAACUGUGUUAGUUGGUCAUUCUCUCAACUAUGAUCUUGAAGUGCUAGGCAUUUCUCACUCAAAAAUCGUUGACUCUGCGAUUCUAACUGCCGAGACCGUCUACCCCUCCAUCAUAUCAACGAAGCCAUUGCCCCGCAUGUGGGGACUAAAAACACUUGCGAAGGACCUCUUGAGCUUGGAUAUUCAGAAUAGCAACUGUGGGCAUGAUGCUUUGGAAGAUGCAUUUGCAGCACGCGAUGUUCUCAUCUGGUGCAUCAAAAACCCGGAAGAACUUAGAGUAUGGGCGGAAAAUACACGACUCCAGGAAAAGUCCAAGCUCCCACAAAACCGAACAAAACUUGGCAAAAGCAGAUCCAAGAGCAAAUUGCCUGCCAGAAAGACUUUCCAAAGCCGUGAAUUACAUGAUUCCGACGAUAUCAUAUUGUCAGAACUCGCAGAUGAGUUGGGAUGGCCCGAAGGAUAUGAUCCUUGGUCAGACUGA